CUUGAUCUGAAGUUAUAUGAUAAAAGAAUAUAUUUAAAAGUACUAAUAUUUUACUUCCCAUUUUUCAGACAACUGAAACAUGAAUUCUCCAGUGCUGUGAUUCUUAGCACUGAUGACUUUUUCAUCGAAGAUGGCGUCUACCAGUUUGAUCACAGAUUGCUAGAGGAAGCACAUACAUGGAACCAAAAGAGAGCACGCAAAGCAAUGGAGAAUGGGAGAUCCCCGGUUAUUAUUGAUAAUACGAACAUCCGUGCUUGGGAAAUGAAGCCAUAUGUGAUCAUGGCACUUGAGAAUGGCUAUGAAGUUACAUUCCGAGAACCAGAAACACAAUGGAAAUUCGAUGUUCAGAAGUUGGCAAGAAGGAACACUCAUCAGGUCCCAAGAGAAAAAAUACAGCGGAUGAAAGAACAGUAUGAGCAUGGUGUUACCAUCGAAACUGUGCUUCAGUCUGAACAACCCAGGAGAGAUGUUGGAAAUUGUAGUGGACCAAAUGCAGCUCUCAGCACUGGGGCUUACUCCAAUUCACAUCCAGCAUUUUCAAACAGAAGAGCAUAUGACACACAUACGAGUCAAAGAUCAUAUAACAGGAGAGGUGGAUUCCACAACGUAUUUUAGUAUUUCACCAAUGUAUGAAAGACGAUUUUGCAGUUCUCCAAGCCAUUUUUUACUGAGUUUUGGGGGGUUUUUUCAUUUUACUAAAUCUUUAAAUCAGGUAUCGAUGCUUUUAAUUUACAUACUGUAAUGCAAGAUCAUUCAGUUAUGGAAUCUAAGACUACUGAGCCCACAGUAAACUCUUCCCUUUCCCACUAAACCCAUGUUUGUUAGUUUCCCUCAUUUUGUCACGUCAUAUCCCUAGACUGUUAAUUCUCCAGGGCAGGUUUGGUGCCUGUAACCUGCCAUGUUACUUGUAUUGCAACUUGUCUCCCAGACCCACUCUCUCUCCUUUUUCCCUCGUGUCCAGUCUCUCACUAAACCAGCCUCUUCUUUGUCUCUAAUACUUUCCAGUUCCAACCUUUCUUCAAAGUUCUUGGGACCAAACCCUUGUUCAGGCUGUGGUCAUUUCUAGUCUCCUCACUUUCUUACGCCUGGUCUCCUGGCUUCACCAUUCUUCUCUUUCUAGCUUUCCCAAACCUUAGCUAACAGUGUACAGUGCUCUUUGAAUCCCUCUACUGGUUUCCUGUCUUACUGCUGUAAAAAGGAUCAACAUAACCAUCUGUCCACCCAUGUCUUUUGUUACCUUAAUUCAGGCUUUUCUUACGCUUCAUUUUACUUUCCACCCUGGCUCCUCCAUACACCCAGACAAUAUCUCUGUCUUUAUCUGCCAAGUGCUACCUCUCCUCCUUCAGAUCCCAUUAACAGGCUGUCCUCCCUUUUCUCAUUAAUAGUCACUGCCUCACUUCUCUUUUCCUGAACUGAUAAUCUGUAUAUCUUGCCUUGUACUGUAAAGUUUUAAGAAUAGGGGCAUCUUUGUUUUAAAAUGUAGUAUAAAUUAGUGCCAUCACAUACAAUGGUUUAUUAAUAGUGGAAAAAGAAAAAAAUAUACACAGUGGAGACCAUCACAAGCCAUGAGAACUUGAGUGAUGCAUUAAAGACAACUGAAUGAGGCACUUGUCUUUCAACAUAAAUGCUGACAGGGCAGAGCUUUAUUGUGUGCAAUGUAUGCACUUGGUGCAAAACAUCUGUUGGGUAUAUUUAACCAUGCAUCUUUGGAUACAGGGAGACUAGUGUGGCUAACAACAUCUGAUCUUUUUGUCUAUUGUCCCAGGCAAGAACAGGCCAGAAUGUUUCUUAAUCAGACUGCUCCAUCUUGCUGAACCAUAACUCACCCACCCUGAGUGUCAAAUGGGCAUUAAGCUUGGUCAAACUUUCCAUAUCAUGUGCACUCCUAUGAAACCGCUUGCAGAGUACAAGGCACAAAGUGAAAAUAAAGACAUCAUGAUGGAAAG